CGCGACGCAUGAGCUCGAGAGAAAGAGCAGACGCAACUGCAGGAGAAGAGGGGAGCGUGCGAGCGACGCGCGUCGUGACAGCUGCAGCGCCAGCCACAAGAGGCGCCUCCUCGCGUCCGUGGCGCCGGCGCAUGAACGGGCCUCAAGGGCGCGCUCGCAGCGGCCUUGCCCGCCCAGAGCGAUGCUGCGCUCCGCCGGACUGAUUGAUCGUCGAGCGCCGUCAAUGCUCCGCAAUCAAGCCCGAACUCGCCUUCGACAGCACGGUUCGCGCCCAUUUGGGAGAGCAGGAGCAGAACGGCAGUGGCCGCACGGUCGCUUGUCCCGACGCUGCGCACGGGUGGCGUGCUCCACUCACGCCCUGCGUGCCAUGGCAUGCUGCUGCACUUGCGUGGCUGCACAGGCGUGCAAAGAGCAUACAGAGCGCAUGCACGACUGCCGAACGGUCCAUGUCGCCACUGGUGCUGGGCGUGCACCAGGUGUCGUGGCGGAGCUGGGCUGCGCCGCAGGCUCCGAGCGCCUCGAGUGCUGCGUGCAUCGCCUGCAUCCUGCGCUGCGGCUCUCAAUCGAAUCGAACGGCACGCUCACCACGUCCGACGAGCUGCCGCACCUCUGCAUUCUGCGCCGACUCACCGCUGCGCUGAGCGCACCAGAUCAGGCAGGUCGGCGUCGGCGUCGGCUGCGGCGCAUGCCCGUGCGCCUCAAGCGUGAGAGCGAGCCGCACAGCGUGCAGCAUGCAGCCCCUUGACGAAGCAUGAAGGCGCGCAAACGUCAAAGGCUGCUUGCGCCGCAGUGACGGCGAAAGCAGCGGGGCUGAAUGAUGGGCGCGAGCUCGAGGGCGGAGUCCGAGGCGAGCGAGGAGACACGUCGGAUGGACGAGGCGCACGCCUGUGAUGCCGGCGGGCUGCAAGUCGUGGGAACCAGCAGGGCAGCGUCGCUCUUGAGCGCCGCUCGGGGUCGGAGGC